CGUCAGUUGUGUGUCCGACGAUUUGCACGUGGUUUGUUAACAUGGAGGAACUCCACAUCGCCAUGGAACUGGUUGAAUCUGACAGUGAAGACGAGGAACUCGACGCAGUGUUGUGUCAAAUUGGUGCCCAAUUGGUCCGCAGCGAUCGUAACCGCACACCUAGAUACUACGAGGAAGUUGUGACCCGUUAUUUUGACUACGAAUUCAAGCGCCUGUUUCGGCUGUCAAGAGAGACGUUCGAAACACUCGUGGGGCGCUUCAAGUCGUCGCCCUUUUUUCCUAGGCCGCGGGGAGGACGCCCCCAAAUCCCAGCGGAGAAAACUUGCCUGAUUUCUCUCAGCUACUUGGGUACGCAGAAUAGUAUGUAUAGAAUCGCCGAUACGUUUGAUGUCUCCGAGUCAUCCGUGUCUUUGUGCUUGAAAAGGGUUCUUGACUUUCUAUUUAGCAUCAGUGAUGAAGUGAUUGCUUGGCCCAGCGAUCAAGAGCGGGCGAAUAUCAAAGCAGGCUUUGCUGCUAGGAGCGACGGUAAAGGUCCGAGGAACACUAUUGGGUGUAUUGAUGGUUGCCACAUAGAGAUUCCGCACCAGAAUGAAUCACCAGCAUCCUACUACAAUAGGAAAAAAUUUCCUUCCAUCAUUCUUCAAGGAAUCUGCGAUGCAAACAGCCGUUUCACUGACAUUUUUGUUGGUUACCCUGGCAGCGUACACGACGCACGUGUGCUGAGUGAGAGCCCCUUCUACGGCACUGCAGAAUCUAAGUGCGCCGGCGAUUAUUUACUAGGGGACGCAGCGUACCCGCUCCUUCCAUGGCUAAUGCCACCAUACAAGAACAACAGGGCCACAUUUGAGCGCUACAAGCGAAAGUUUAAUAAGAGGCUCAGCCAGCAACGCGUAGCUAUAGAACAUGCCUUUGGCAUUUUGAAGCAGCGCUUCAGACGGUUGUAUCUUGUGGAUGCAGACACCAUUGAUCAGUGUUGCCUCAUUGUCACAGCAGCAUGUGUGCUACACAACCUAUGUAGCAGAAGUCGCGACACAUUGAGCAACUUCGAGGAUUUACCGAGGGAAGACAACAUUGAAAAUGACAAUGAUGGAGCCAUUACAAGCACUGCAGCUGUUAGAGAGAUGUGUAAACGCCGACGCAAGAACAUCGCCGAAACGCAGUGCUGAGACUUUUAAAUGUUUUGCAUACUUGUGUGAACUGCUUUUGCCGACACGCAGUGCUGAGACUUCAGAUUAAGUGUUUUACAUGCUUGUGUGAACUACUUUGCAAGAGCAUUGCUGACACACAGUGCUGAGACUUUUAAAUGUUUUGCAUACUUGUGUGAACUGCUUUUCCCGACACGCAGUGCUGAGACUUCAGAUUAAGUGUUUUACAUGCUUGUGUGAACUACUUUGCAAGAACGUUGCUGACACACAGUGCUGAGACUUUUAAAUGUUUUGCACACUUGUGUGAACUGCUACGCGAGAACAUUGCCGGCACACAGAGUCAGGACUUGAAAUCGUGUGUUUCGCACGCUUUGCUCCUCCGAUUUUCACCUUCCUAUGUGAUUUGUACAAAUGCCAUAAAACGAGACUUCAUGAGAACAAGAA